AUUCCUUUCUUGCCCCUUUAGUUCUUCUCCUUCUCUCUCUCUCUCUCUCUCUCACCCGCCUUCGUCUUCUUCGGUCUUCGUUUCUUCAUCUCGAAGCUCCGAGAUGGCGUGCCCUCAAAACUCCAUAACAUACAACGCCACGCGCUGUGCGUGCGGGAUUGGUCAGCUUCUUAACCGGAGCUCCGGUAGCUGCGAAAUCUUCGGUUGGCCUUCGGAGAUCUCAACGGACAAAGAUGUCAGCUACAGCGUAGUAUCAUUCGCCGAGACUUUAUUCGCUUUCGACAGGAUCCGUAAGUUCACGCAGUCUCAAGCUGUGUUCUUAGAAGCCACGCUCGUUAUGCUUCUCUCCUGGUUAGUCUUUUGCUUCUUCCUAAGGUUCACAAAGCUCGGCGAUGGUCGUAAUGUCUGGUUCAAUCUCCGUUGGUGGAUUACUCGACUUGAUGUCUUCUUCUCCACUAGACAUUGGCUCGAUGAUCAGCAAAUUGUCAAGAAACGUAAAACAGAACUUGGUGGAACGUUGUCUGUUGCGAGCUGGAUUGUUUUCAUUGGACUAUUCGCUGCGCUGCUUUACCAAAUCAUAACCAAGAGAACAAUUGAAGUUCACAAUGUGAGAGCUACUAGUUCUCCAGAUUUAAUCUCGUUCGAGAACGAUUUGGAGUUUAACAUCACUGCUGUCUCUGAUAUGAGUUGCUCGAAUCUACGAGGAAUCGGUAAUGUGGUCACUGGCAAUCCCGGUUUCAGCGAAUUCAAAGUUUCUUCGCUUUCUAGUUUAGGAAACUAUACUUGUCAGAAUACAACUUCAGGGCCUACUGUGAAUUUCAAGUGUACAAGGUGUCGUCUCACCAGCGAUUACAUCUAUAUCUCGUGGCAUUUCGUUGAUCUUCCUGAUUCUCCUGCUGCUGCUGUUGGAUUUAAGUUUAACUUAACGUCUAAGAAUGGAGCUCACNAUACUGUAGUAAUAAAGUGA